AUGGACAACGCUUUGCAGUCACUCACCAACACGCUCGACGCCAUCAACUCGCGUCAGGCCGCUGCACGCAAGCGAGCCCGAAAGGGCGCCGACGCUACUCCCUUCACCUCGGCCGUCUUGAACCGCGAGCGUCUCGAAAUCUAUACCUACAUUCGCGAUGCAGACGCUCAGACCGAGGCCAACCUCUUUUGGUACCCUCCCGUCCCGCAAGCCGCUUCCAGCUCUCGUGCCGGUCCAAGCUCCUCUAAUCACAGGGCCGCUCAUGACGCUUCCGUCCGCGCAAACGGCGCCGUCGACGCCAAUGAUGCCGACCUCCUGCUGGCCCCGCGUUUGCCAGAGCCCAGACACAUCGCUCCUCCUACUCCCUUGCGCAACAACAACGUCGCUUCCAACAAGCAGUCCUUCCAGAAUCAGAACGAUCAGAGCGUCGACCCUCGAGUUCUGCUGCUCGCUGCCCAGCGUCUCAACGACACCUGCGGCAAGGGUUCCAGGACCCGCAAGCAUAUCAAAGGGCUCCUCAAGACGCACGCUGGCUACAUCCAGGACAUCAAGAGCUACGAGCAGCAGAUUCGUCAAUGGGAAGCCCAGCUCCGCGCUACUGCUGAGGGCAAGCCUAUCAGUCAGUUCUCGUCUAUAGAGACCGACACUACGCCGGCGGCGAGCACCACUUCUGCCAACGAGCAACUCAACGCCGAUCUCGCAGCAGUGCAGGACAGUAUCAAGAAGGAAGAACUUGAAAUUCUCGCUCUCGGCGAGAUGCUCAAGGAGCUUCGCGAUGCGCGUACCGCCUGGCAAAAGCAGGAGCUCGACCGUCAGCAAAGGGCUGAAGCUGCCGCUGAGGACAGCAGGAUGCAACAACGAGAGCAGACUCCUCCGCGAGCAGCCCCCCGCGCUUCCCUGGCCAGGGCUCAACAAGCGGAUGCUUUCGCGCAGCCAUCCGCUCACCACGCCGAGGCCGUCGCUGACGAAGAGGAAGACGACUUGGUCAACAGCACGAUGGAUGUUACGCAACAGUCGGCAGGCGAAGACAUUGAGGACGAAGAGGAAGAGGUGCAGCACUUGGCUUACAGCACAGGACCCUAUGCUCAGAACGAUGAGCAGCACGAGGCUGAGAUCUCCGUUUCGAGAUCGCAGCAAGCCAUCUCUGCCUCGCACUCCUUUGCCGAUCCCGCUGAUCUGACCAUCCAGCGACCUCGCGAGCACGAAUCUUACGACAGCCACCACGAACUCGCGGACACAUCUGCAGCUAUCGACCCCGCUCCCGUUGCUGACCACCAGGCCUCACCGCCGAGGCAGUCCUCGCACCUACUGGCCACCAACAGCGAAAGUUCCGAAGAGCUUGAAAGGGCUACAGAAAAGGUCUGGGAAGUCUUUGGAGAGGCGCUUCGAUCCGUCGCUCCCGAACGCGAGAGCGCCGACUACUACGACACGCUCGAUGUGCUGAAGUUGCUCAUGAGUGGCGGCGACAAGUUCAACGCUGGUGACUACUCGGUCGGUUCUGUCCAGACUUCGUCCACCUUCUCGUCCGCUGCGAGUGAGGCAUCCGCAGCCGUCGCGGCUCAGCUCACUCCUGAAGUGCUCAUGACGGCCUUUGUCAUCUUCCAAAUGCUCGUCUCGGAUGAGCCGCACCGCAUGAACAUCGACGAACUCAAGCUGCGCGGCCACGAAUGGUGGUCCACCGCGGGUAUGCAGGUCUGGCUCCACGCCCAGUCUCACGACGACACGGACGUCCCUGCUCGUGUUGAGGCGUUCGAGGACGGUCAGAACUUGGCGCGAAAGGCAACCUACGGCAUGAUCUCGAAGCAGCUCUUUGCCAUCAAGCGACAGAAGGGCGUUGGCCUCGUUGGCUUUGCUUGA